CCUCCUCGGGGGGCUGACAGGCCAUGUUAUCUGAGCCAUAGCCACUGCAGUGGUUAUCAUUUGUUUUCCACUUCAUGAGGGAAAAAAAAAAGGGUCUUAAUUAUUGACUGCAUGCCUGGCCAAAAGGUUCUAAUUAUCUUCCUUGCAUUUUAGCUUCUUUCUCUGGCCACCUCCACCCCUCUUGCACCAGUCCUGGGGACCCAACAUGUCUUAGGCCACUCACUCCAAAGCAUUAAUUAAAAAAAUUGGGCUAUUUGCCCGGGACACAGAGUCCCCCACCUAGGGAGUGUUCUCGGCAGGUUCCCACAGGUUUCCCCACGUGAUAUUUUUUGGGGAGGCUCCGUUUCCAACCUAUUACCGUUUUAACUGCAGGGAUGCCUAUCACGCCUUGGAGCACAAAGCCCAUCUGACGUGCUUUGGAAAAACCUUAAAUAGUCCGGCACUGGCUCUGGCAGGCAUUGCAUUUCCCCGACUCCAUCAGGUGGGUCAGGAUUGAAUCCCAUCGACACUUGAAAGAAUCUUCAAGACCCACGUCCCCAGCCCCACUCAUCGGCAACAAAGAGCUUUUGCCAUCAUCCCACACCAGCAAGGAUGAGCCUGUGGUGAAGGUAACCCCAUGAGCACGGCCUUGCAGAUGACAGUGUUCGGUCUUGCUCUUCUCUCAACCGUCUUCCUGCUCCUUGCCACAUGCACCGACUGCUGGAUGGUGAACGCUGAUGACAGUUUGGAGGUAAGCCACAAAUGCCGGGGGCUUUGGAGGGAGUGUGUCACCAACAUGCAGGAUGGGGUCAGGACCUGUGACCAGUAUGACUCCAUUUUGGCUGACCAUCCAGUGAAGAUCGUGGUGACGCGGACCCUGCUGAUCACAGCGGACCUCCUGGCUGGCCUGGCUUUGGCUAUGCUGCUCCUUGGGCUCGACUGCAUCAAGUUCCUCAAGGAAGAUCCUCAUGUCAAACUGAAGAUGUGCUACGGGGCUGGUGUCAUCCUUGGCGUCGGGAGCAUCCUGGGUCUUGUGGGCUCCGUGUGGUACGCAGUGGAUGUCUACUUGGAGAGGGCCAUGCUGGUGUCGCACAACAUAUUCCUGGGAGUCCACUACGACUUCGGGUGGUCGUGCUGGCUGGGGAUGGCUGGCUCGAUGGGCUGCUUCGUGGCAUCCGUCCUGCUGACCUGCUGCCUCUAUACCUGCACAGACCCCAGCAGCCGCUGGCAACCCCAGAGGCUUCCUCAGCCCCGGAGCCAAACGGCCACCAGCAAGAUGUACGCCAUGGACUCCCGUGUAUGAUGGGCAGCAGCACCUCCCGCACCCGGCCCCACUGCGGCACGCUCUCCCCUCCCAGCCUCACCCCAUUAAAGCACCAUCACCUAUACUGGGACAUCUCUGCGG